GCUAAAUAGUGCAUACUGAGGGAGGAAAAUUCAUGCAUGACCAGGUCCUUAGUUAAUUUGAUUUUUCAAAGUCUAUGCUUAGAAUUAUUUUUAGGGAAGAAAAUUCUUAGUAUUGACUUUGACGGUGAUGCAUUUCUAUUUUAUGUAAUCAAUCAAUAAAUACCCUUUAGUAUUUCCGUUCUUUCAGUCACACACACAUUAAUAUGGCAAGUUAUGGUGCAGUAGUGCAAAGGCCAUCAGCUACUUCUGCAAAUCAUCCAUCCCAAACUCAGCCUGAUGAAUCAAAACAAUUACCGAAUUUCGAAAAGAAUCAACCAUUUUCCUUCCAAGUUACAUGUCCAGUUAGCAUCCCUACCACCCCUGAAUCAGCAGCAACGCGAAUUAUUAAAAACUUGGGUAAAUUCGGGCUAUAUUAUGCUGAAUUUGUGUGGAUAGUCCUUUUCAUCGCGCUUAUUCCUAAACCGUUUGAUACAAGGCUUAUUGUUCUGCCACUGCUAGCUAUUGGGACAUGUGUUGCUCUUAUACUCACUAAUGCUGGAAUCCAUCUUGUAAUCACUUUGGCUGCAACUUUGCCCAUCAUUUUGGCUCAUGCAGUUCUGUGGAUAGCAGAGGAUUCUUCUUUCAAUGAUGAAACUAAUCAAGAAUCUGUACCCUUUGUUCAUACUGUGUAAAAUUUGGCUAGUUUUGUUGCAAUAAAGUCAAGGAUAGUGAGUCUGUGAAUCUUUUUCUUGUGCCAUAUAUGGGGGAGAAUUUGCUGCCACAUGAUAAUUGUUUUUUUUUUUGUAUGUGGUUAAUUAUUUUAGAUGCUGUUUAGUUUAUGUGCCAAAACUCUACCUUCACGAGGUAGUGGUGAAGUCUACGUACAUUGUAUCCUCUUCAAACCCCACUUAUGAGAUCUCACUGGGUAUCAGUUUGAUGCCAAAGUAUUGUUUAAGGGGGGUUGAGUCAAGUGGUGAAUGUUCAAGAGAAAAUAUUAGGUAUUUUUGUUUGUAUUAUUAAGUGCCAAAACUUGUUAUGUUGUAUGGUACUCCAAUUAUUUGCAUUAGUCUUUGCUUGA